AUGGCUCGGACAAAGAGGAGUACAGGUGUUCAGCCUCGGUUGAAUGACCGAGAGACCACCGCUCUGCAGUCCCAUAUUGAGGAUUGGGAGAAGGCAAGUGGGAAGGAACGACAACUGAUAUUCAAAGCAGCCGCCAGGGAGGCCAAGGUCUUGGCUCCAAAGAUGGACAAAGAGCUGUUGAAGGAAAGGAAAUAUACAUACCGACAGUGGUUCCACAAUCACAAGAAGGUCCAGACCAAUUCCAAAGCACCCACCAAGCCAAAAAAGAAAUGGACGGCACGGCGAGUCAUUGAGGAAGAGUGCAAGGCCGAGAUUCUUCAGCAAAUUUGGGAAGAAAUUGAGGAAGAGACUGGAGAGAAGCCUGCUCACAAGGAAGUACUGAGGAGGUAUCAGCCGACCAUGACGGCAAUCAUGCACCGGCUGGACAAAAAGGAGUUGCAGGAAGCUGAGGCAAAGGCUGAUAAGUGGACGAAUCAAGCCCCCGAUGCCGCUGUCCAGGCCAAGACAGCUAGGAAGAAGGGCGAAAAAAUGGUCAAGAACUUCGCCAAAGAAAUGUUUACUCAGGCCGGUAUGAGAGUCUUUGUUUUGGGUUCCUGGAAGGAUGAGAAGGGGGGGCUGCUUACAUCUGGGUUUGACUUCAAUGAGCAGCUCGGUAAGGGAUCCAGCUUCAUGAAAGGCAAGGACUGGCAGGCCAUCCUACCAGUAUGGGAAGAUUUCAUUGGCGAUGCAUUUGACCAUGAUCAAGACCAGGACGCCACACUGCUCGGAGGCACUCGGCAGGUCCCAAAACCAUACCAUGAAUUCAAGCUGGACCAGUUCGGGUUCGCCGAUGUUGCCCGAGAUGGACAAUUUAUCCCUCGAGACCAAGAAGGCAAUGAUUCGGUCAUUCCUUACCAUUCAUUACAGAACAUGUUGUGGAAAGCCCAAGGUCCCAGUGCCCUGGAGCGACAUCAUGAAGGGGCAGUCCAGAUUUAUCUCCAGCACAUACCUAUCUGA